CACCUCUUCUAAUUAUGGCUUCCCGAGAGAGAAGCGCAAGUACUAUUCUUCUUCUUCUCGGGCAUGGAAGUGAAGUAAUUGUCAGGAAUAAGUAUGGAAGAACUGCGCCCAUGGAGGCGUCCCUUUGGAGCGGAUUAGAGACCACCAAGAUACUCCUCUCUCGAAACACCGAUCGAUAUUUGCACGAUAAAAGGAACCUCAGGGCUUUUGAUCUAGCGCAACUAAUCAGGAAGAGCCGAAGAGGGAGGUACGACAAGGCAGGUAGUGUUUGGGGCAACCCGUCCACAGAGCCCAUUUACAAAGAGGAUGUUCAUAACCGGGAUGCUGACCGACGGAAGAUUGCGCGAAUCGUCGAGGCAGCAAGGCCACACUUCCUAGAACGGCCAGUCGACCGCCAGUGCCCGAAGCAGAUCAUCACUCCUUCUGGAGAUCUUCCGAUGACCAGUCAAUCAUCCAUUGCGGUCCAGUUUGAGAGUAUCCCAUAUCUAAACGCGGCAAACCAAUAGCUGUAUUAGACAGCGGUAGUAACGUUAGCCCUUUACUUUCUACAGCAGCGAUGAGUGGGUGGAGUCAUUCGUAAUAGUCUUCUACCAGAGUAAGUGGCAAGGACUGGACAGAAAUGGUGGUAAAGAUAGCGGCUGCUGUGGGCCAUCCGUUGCUCGCCGAUUCUCGGAGGACCAAGGGAUCUGAUGAUAGUUUAAAACGCCGCACUGAGAACCAGUUGAACGCUUAUUCCCUUUACCGGCUCGUCUUUCUGUCCGGCGAUAUCG